UGAGUUCCCACAAGCUAUCUUUAGCUUCAUUUCAAGACAGAUUCAGGAAUAGUAGAAUUAGACAAUACUUUUCUCAGCAGUGAGUAAAGUAUCCUUCUACAAUAAAACCGAUUAUUCAGAAUCAGAAUUCAAACGGAGAUUUGGAAUUAGUCUUAAGCUCAAGCCAAAGCUACAAGUCAAAUCUUUCUUCGCUCAGAUGAAUCAAUGAAAGGCCUAAAGUAAUUCAACCCCUUACCAAGAACAACCCAAGGCUAACCAGGAUGUCUUCAGUGCAAGCUUCAAUUUCAAAGACUCCUGAAUCUUUGGCAAAAUAAUUUAAAAGUGCAUCCUCAAUAUAAUAUCUUAAAAUUCUCGAUUGGAAAAGUCAGCAAAAAGGUAAAACAAAAUUAUUUCAAGAGAUAACACUGAUAGAACAUGUGAUAUUUCCCGAUGCUUAAUAAAUAAUCUGUCACCAAAAGCAGUGCUCUCUGCUGCAGGAGAGUUCAUGGCGGUCAAGCCAGGUAUCGACCAUGAGAAGGACCCUAGAGAUAGCAGAAAGAAAUCAGAGCAUAGCCUAAAAGUUAUGAGGAAACUUCACAGAUCUUUGACUAAAGAGAAUCCAGACCUCACAUCGCUUAAAUAAGAGCCAGGCUGGAAAUAAUCUUAAGAAAAGAGUAUGUUUUAAGAGAGAAAAGCCUAGAAACAGGUUCUCAAAUAUUUUUAAAAACCAGAAACUGCAGACUAAUGAAGAAAACUUUAUUUCAAGCUUUUAUCAGAAUGAGGCUAAAUCUUCCAUCGAAUCAGCUCUUUUUGACCCAGAAAUUAAAUUUUCGAUUAAGAAAAAGAAAAAGUAUCCUAAAAUAGACAAAAUUAGGGAAAAGAUUAACCUCAGCAUAGUAACAUCAAGUGACACUAAAAGAAGAGAGCCUGUUUUGAACCUCCCACCAAACGCUUGAAAUCAGAAAGAAGGAUGUUAUGCUUCACAAAUAAAUAUUGUGACAAAUGAUCCUGUCAGAAAGUUUUCACGUCCAGACUUUACCUGGAAGGAUUUUUCACCAACGACCUAAGCUAAUAAACCCCAAGCGAAACAAGACAUUCAAAAUCCUUAAAAAUUUCAUGAGUCAACCUAAACAGCCAACCUCUUGCCUGAACCAGAAGAGUUUCAAAUAAGCCAACUCUAAGAGCUAAGGGGCUUAGGAUGGUCCCAGAUGCUCAAGGGGCAGGGAACAACCAAUCUGUGAAGCAUUCAGAACAGAAGGAUGUUAAUGUAGGGAUAUUAAAAUCACAAAGAGAGUCAGCUGCUAGUUUCAUCAAUCAUUUAUAAUCCUAAUUCUUGUUUUCUUUCUCUUGCAGGAAUUAAUCCUAAAUUUUUGACUGGAGGUGAUGCUGAGGAUAGUUUCCAAAUAUUUUGAGAGGAAAAUAACAAAGACAUUUGAAGUAUUGUAUGCUCCAGAGAGCAGAGCUUAAGGAAAGGAGUCUGCUACUGAUAAGGUGCAGCUUUAAUUACUAUUUUAGGCAAUAAAAAUGUAUAUGCUAUUUGUAUUAGGAAAAUAUAAGAGAGACUCGAAAGUUAUUUUAGAGUCAAUAUUGAUGGUAGAUAGUGCAAUGGGAGUGAUGAAGCAGAGUAAAGAGGCUUGGAGUUGGUUAA